GCAAAAACUGUGGAUGAUUGUCUUAAUAUGCUUUUGACUAUUCCAAUGCUUAUAGCAGGAGUAAUCGCUUUUGUACUGGACAACACAGUGGGAGGUGCAACAAGAGAGCAAAGAGGUUUUGCUUCUCAGGAAUAUGAAGAUAAAAUCUCAAUAGAAGACGAUGGAUAUGCACUCCCUGCACUAGUACGGAAGUGA